AUGGCGAGCUCGAGCUCUGCCGCCGCCUCCAUCUCGGCGCUGGGCUUCCAGCGAGCCGGACUGCACUCGAGCGCGAACCGCGGCUCCGCGUGGGCGGCCGCCGUCCAGGUGGCCACCAACAUGGUCGGCAACGUCGCCAAGCGGGCGGCCAAGGACACCAUGACGAUUGAUCCGCUGCGCACCGUGGCCAAGGAGAUGAAGUUCCUGACGGGCAACAUCCGCAAGCUGCUGGGGUCCGGCCACCCAGCCCUCGACCGGGUCGCCAAGUACUACACGCAGGCCGAGGGCAAGCAUGUCCGGCCGCUCAUCGUCCUGCUCAUGUCCCGGGCCACCCACCUGUGCCCCAAGAGCCCGCGCCACGCGGCGCCCGAGACGGCGCGCGGCAUCGACUCGUCAAUAUCGCCCAUGCAGAUCCUCAGCGACGUCAACCCCAUGGCGAACUCCACGGCGUACGACGCCGAGCUGGCCGAAGCCGCCAGCGCGAACCUCGACAUCCUCCCGAGCCAGAGGCGGCUGGCCGAAAUCACAGAGCUGAUCCACACGGCCUCUCUGCUACACGACGACGUCAUCGACCACUCCGUCUCGAGGCGAGGGGCGCCGUCGGCCAACCUCGAGUUCGGCAACAAAAUGGCCGUGCUGGCGGGCGACUUCCUCCUGGGCAGGGCAUCCGUCGCCCUGGCGCGGCUGCGCAACGCCGAGGUCGUCGAGCUGCUGGCCACGGUCAUUGCCAACCUGGUCGAGGGCGAGUUCAUGCAGCUCAAGAACACGGAGCGCGACGAGCGCAGCCCCAAGUGGUCCGAGGAGACGCUGAGCUACUAC